UGGUGACGUGCCAGGGACUGUCACAGGCGCUGCAGCCUGUGGCAGGCUGCCGGCGAGCAAACACGGGGCCAUCCGAUUCCUAUUCUCCGAUCCUGAUCUCUGAGUCGACAGCAAAGCCAGGAAACCUGCGACGCAACUCACGCGUGGCGCCCUCCUUGUGCCUCACAAAGCACUUCUUCAAUUGUGCACGGACGCCCCAGCAAUGGAGGCCGCGGCGCUUGUCAACAAGGUGACCCUCCCUCAUGUUGCCGUGCGCUCCGCGAAUAGGAAUCAAAUUGCCGCCCGGGGCAAGGAGAGACCGUUAUCGUCCUUCCUGUGCGGAGGAUGCCUGAAGGCCUGGCGGCAGGCCCCCCUGCAAGCAUUGAAAGCACCUCUUUCCAGACUUUCAGAAUUCAACCAGAGCACUAGGCCUAAAAACGUUCGCAGAGUGCAAGCCUCGGCUGUGUUGUCAGGCAAUGGGGUUUCGCAGACCCGCCUUAAUCCAGUUAUUCCGGUUUUGCACAACGAGAAGGUAGAGACCGUGCACAACAAGGAAGGGCUAGAGAAAAUCCUUGAGGAGGCAAAAGAUCAUCUUGUCGUUGUCGAGUAUGGAACCAGUGAAUCUGACUCAGUUCAGCAGAUGCAUCCGGCAUUAGUUAGCCUGGCCAUAAGCUGCCCCGACGUGAAGUUUGCCCUUGUCCUGGGGGAUGAGAGCGAGGAGACUGAGCUCCUUAUGGACGAGGCCGAAGUCAAAACAGUGCCACACUUUGUGUUUUACAAGAAUGGUGUGAAGAUCCACGAGGAGACUGGGAUCAGCGAGGACAUGUUGACGGGAGAUGUGCUAUACUAUGGGGACACGAGCAGUCAGGUGGUGGACAUUCACAACCAGGCAGACCUGGACCGGCUACUGGACAACUCGGGGGACAAGCUGAUUGUGCUUGACAUGGGGCUCAAGUACUGCGGGCCUUGCGUGAAGGUAUAUCCCACGGUUGUCAAGCUGGCCCGGAAGAUGGCCGGUUUUGCCGUCUUUGCCCGGGUGAUGGGGGACGAGAACGAGUGGUGCCAGGAACUUCUCCAGCGGAACAAGGUGCUCGAGGUGCCGACCUUCAUUUUCCUGAAAGAUAAGAAGCAGCAAGCGAGAUAUGUGGGUUCGUCUCGGGGCUCGUUGAUUGGGGAGAUCUUGAAGCUGCAGGGCUUAUGCCAGUAGAUUUAGGACUGCCAGGCGUAGCCUUAGAACUAGUUGAUCUAGAAAUCAACAACAGAUUAGUCGUUGCAUCUGAGCUCGACAGGAGGCUAAAAUACGAUUAUUUCAUGGGCUUGAUGCACCCGUCAACCGGGUUGCAGUCAAGGUCAUCUGUAGUGGCAGGUCUCGUUGAUUGGCAAUAAAAUCUGAUCGGAAGCAGUCACGAUCUAGUUGCUUGUAGCUAGGGGCCUCAAGUGGCCAGCGCGUGUGUUUUAGCAUUGAAGGGGCUUAGCGCCUGUUAAAGGCUUGUCAUGAACAUUCACAACACUGGCCUAUCAAUGCACUUGUAAAGCUUUGUCAGUCUUGCUGCCAGUGCAUACCAUCCGCCUGUUGGCAGAGUUUUUGGGUCUCAGACGGC